AUGACUUCGGCGAAUUUUGCUGCAGCACAAGCUCGUGUCUUGGAGCGCCGACAACAGCGCGAAGCUGAAGCGCGGAAUGCCCGAAUCGACCCAUCCUCUCGACUUCCCCCAGCGAUCAGAAACCUUCCUUACCCGCUGAAUAGAGCUACCGAUAGUGGGUUUGCACUAUGGGAUACGGUCAAGGGCCGAGAGGGAACACGCCCGGCAUUUAGGGUUGGGCAGGUUGACGCUGAGUUGUUGGACGAGGAGCUCCUAGGACUCCUGAAAGGCCAGGUUGGGGAAGGAUUGAAAUACCUUGGGCGGCACAUGCGAGAGGAUUGGUCGCACGAAAUCGAUUUCGCCCUUCGUGCUAUUCUAUUUAAGCUGUCGAUAUGGGAUCAUAAUGCCUCAUAUGGCGCAGCACUACAGAACCUCAAGUACACAGAUAGUCGAAGUAAGGGCCCGGUAUACAGACAGCCAGCCAAGUGGCAGAAAGUCUUGUACGGGAUUUUGACCGUUGGAGGACGCUAUGCAUGGGACAAAUGGGACGCUUGGAUAAUAGAUCAAGAGGGAGGGUAUGAUGAACCGUCUCCAAGUGUCAAAUCACUUGCCAAACUAACAAAUUUUGCCUCAACUGUUCACUCGAUGGCCGCUUUUGUGUCGUUUCUUGUCUUCCUUGUUAAUGGCAAAUAUCGAACGCUGGUCGACCGUAUUUUGCGAAUGCGAUUAACUCCCCCGUCAAUGCAGGUCAGCCGUGAGGUAUCAUUCGAAUACCUUAACAGGCAACUCGUUUGGCAUGCCUUUACUGAAUUCCUUUUGUUUCUUUUACCACUUGUUGGUAUUGGCCGCUGGCGCCGUUGGCUUUCGAGAGCUUGGAAAAAGACAGUGUCCUCGCUUCGCGCAAAGGACGAAGGCGAUGAAGAGGCGAGAAAUCAAGGUCCAUUAGGGUUCUUGCCAGAAAGGACAUGUGCCAUCUGCUAUCAAGAACAGAAUCCUACAGCAUCAUCAGAGUCCGAUGUAAUGGCUAUAGGCGGCGCGUCCGGCGGGAUCAUCGGAUCAGCUCAAACGGAUAUCACAAAUCCUUACGAAGCCAUGCCCUGCGGGUGCAUCUAUUGCUUCGUUUGUAUUACGCAGAAGCUUGAAGCGGAGGAAGGCGAAGGUUGGAUGUGCCUCCGUUGCGGAGGAGUUGCUAAGCAGUGCAAGGCUUGGAAUGGCGACGUUCUCGACGAAGCCCGACCACAGUUAAGUGGUGGAAAGAAUGUUGGGUUUGUUACAGAGGACCAGGCAGCAUCGGAUACCCACCAUACAGACGACUCGACGACCGAAGAUAGUAUGCAUGAAUCUAACCUAUGGGCAACGGUGGGAAAGGACGAAACAGAUGACACCAGCAUUGAUUUAACGGAGCAUGAGAAGUGA